AUGUUUACGAGGUGCGCCGCAGAAGAGCUAGGCAUGUUUGAGGGACGAUCUGUUUACCCAGGAAUUAUUGGUUACACGCUGUGCUGCACCACAUUACACGUGCUCGUGCAGACGGUAGCCAGGUUGUCAACCACUGCGCCCGAUAGAUACUAUCCUAUAAACGGUUUGCGGCUAUACGCUGUAGGGGAGACAGCUAACGAUUUCCGCGUACCAGAUUUUCGUCUAACGCCAAGCGGCAACAUUCGGUUAUGGCGUCGAUGA